AUGUCAGGCAUUUUAUUUGAAGACAUGUUCAAUGUCGAUUCUGUUGAUUCAGCAAGAUACAACAAAGUUUCCCGUAUAACAGGGCAAUCUUCUACCUCACAAGACAUCAAGAUUACCUUGGACAUAAAUAGUGAAUUAUUCCCCGUCAGAGAUAAUGAUUCAUUAACCAUUAUGUUAGCAUCAUCUUUGGGUAAUGAAUCAUCGAUGUUGACUUCUAAUGGAUCGUGGAGACCACCAAAGAGCAAUGAUAGAUCCCUCGCUGAUGAUUACGAUUAUGUUAUGUACGGAACUGUUUACAAAUUUGAAGAAAACUCAAACAAUGAUAAAAUGUCGGUGUAUAUUUCAUUCGGUGGAUUAUUAAUGUGUUUAGAAGGUGGAUACCGUUCUUUAUCUAACUUGAAGCAAGAGAAUGCCUACAUUUUAAUUCGUCAUUUUAAGGAUAAUUGA